AUGUCAUGGAAUGUCAAAGGAUUAGGGAAAUCUGAGAAGAGGGGAAGGAUUAGGAAGCUCAUUUGUGAUAGGAGGGUUGACUUACUUCUAUUGCAGGAAACUAAGAAAGCUUCUAUUUCAGAAAGUGAAGUUAGAACCUUGUGGGGAAGGAGUAACAUGGAAUUUAUGGCAGUGGAUUCAAAAGGGACAACAUGGGGAUUACUCUGUAUUUGGGAUCCAAGUUUAUUUCAAUUGAAGGACUGUUGUUGUAAUAGAAGAUUUGUUCUCCUGUCAGGUACUCUCCUGAAUUCUUUUGAUUGUGUUAUACUAAAUGUUUAUACUCCUAAUGAUGUGAGUGGUAGAGGUAUUCUUUGGGAUACUUUACUAAAAUUAAAGUCUGAUUUUCCAAAUCUAUGGAAGUACACACGGUGUAAUGCUCAGGAGGGGGAGAAAUGGUGUGGGAUUGAUAGGGUUCUGCUAAAUCCUGAGUGGUUGCAAAGAUUUAACUUCAAGUUAUGGGGUCUUCCUAGAACUUGUUCUGAUCACUGCCUACUCCUGUUAAUGGAAGAUGAGAGGGAUUGGGGGCCAAGACCUUUUAGGUUCAUUAAUGCAUAG